UCAUGUUUCUCAAAUUCAUGAUGGUGCUAUUCAACUUCUUUAUCUUUAUGGGUGGCCUCACUCUGCUGGCAUUGGGGAUCUGGGUGAGCAGUGAUGGGGCUUCCUUGCUACAGAUCUUGAGACCUUUCUCCAAACAAAGUACCCAGGUGGUCAAUGUUGGCUUCUUUUGCAUUGUCAUCGGGGCUGCGCUGGUGCUGCUGGGAAUCUUGGGCUGUUAUGCAGCCCAUAAGAAGAGCAAGUGUCUACUCCUUACAUUUGCCUCCAUCAUGCUCAUCAUAUUCAUUUCUGAAGUGGCUACUGGAGUCGUAGCUUUGACCUACACCUCGUUUGCUGAGGGGAUCUUGAGAGCGUGGGCGACUCCUGCUCUACAGAAUCAAUAUGGUAAUGAUCCUGCUGUCACUAAGCUCUGGAACAGCACCAUGACACAGCUACAUUGCUGUGGUUUCUCCAACUACACUGAUUUCAUGGGCUCUAACUUCCAAAAUGCAACUGGAGGCAGCCUGCCUUCCAUCUGUUGCAGGACCAACAACAACACUUGCACCCCAGCCCAGGCAGAGUACAGCAAUGUGCAGGGCUGUUUUCAGCAGAUCCUGAUGAUCAUCAAAGAGAACGCUAGCACCAUGGGAGGCACUGCUGCAGGAAUUGGAUUACUGGAGAUUGCUGCCAUAUUGGUAUCCAUUAAUUUGUACUGCCACCUGGAUAACGAAGAUAGCUGAGAGGUCUUCACAGAGAACAUU